GCAGCUCGCAAUAACCUCACCAGCUGUCAGAUGGCCACUGAUCUCGCCUGAGCCCAGCGGUGGAAAGCAGGCCUGGUCACAAAAAGGAGCCUGGUGGCCAGGAAAGAAACCUGAGAAAUAGGUUGCCCAGCACCUGCCCGGGCGGGGCCUCCUGGCUUCCUUUUCCUUCUGCUGGUUCUCUGCACCCAAGGACACCUUUAGCCUCAUUUCCUGACUUUACAGCCUCGCCUGCGGUGCUGCCUGAGCGGGGGACAGGCAGGAAUGCAGCAGAUGGGACUCGCGCUCCUUGCCUUGGCUGCCUGGGCUGCUCUUCGCCCCUCCGCAGCCAUACUCCCCAUCGCCUCCAGCUGCUGCACUGCGGUUUCCCAUCACGUCCCCAGGCGGCUGCUGGACAGAGUGCACGCGUGUCGCAUCCAGAGAGCUGAUGGGGACUGCGACUUGGCGGCGGUCAUCCUCCAUGUCAGGCACCGGAGGAUCUGUGUCAGCCCGCACAGCCACACUGUUAAGCAGUGGAUGAAAAAGCAAGCAGCCAAGAAACAUGCCAACGGCCACGCUUGCCACACGAAGAAGCACCACGGCAAGAGGCACAGCCAAGGGGCACAUCCGGGGAGACCGGGCACGCGGCCCCCAAGCUCCGUGUCGGAGAGCGAGCCAGCGGACCUGUGAACAGAUUCCUGCCGGGAAUGUGGCCGGGGCUGGGUAUGCAUUGAUCAUGGGAAUGUUCCUUCUUGGGAACCAAGAGGGCAAAAAGCCCAAUGAUACAGUAUGCCAACGUAGCCAAUAAUACACUCAACUGAGAAAUGAC